UCUUUUUUUGCUAAUAAUAAAAAUAUGAAGUCUUUUAUCCCUCUGAUUCUUCCUGUUGCUCAUCUGGAACUCGGUAUCGGAGACGAAGCAACUUCCAAAGGUGAUUAAGUUUAGAGAAUUUUUUGAGUCAACGUAUGGAUAACAUCACGGCAAGUGAGAUUGCGGGUCUAGGAGUUGGUACCAUACUUCUAUGUGCCACAAUUGCUGCACCAAAGGUGGAUGCUUUCAUCUCAGCUUCUCAAAGGAGUGCCUUGGGUAUGUGUAAGAGGUGUGGUGACCUUAGGAUGGUCGCUUGCUCACAAUGCAAAGGAGUGGGCUCAGUAAAGAAGGGAGGGCCUUUUGGUUUCAGCAUGAUGGAUGAUUUGUUUCAGUCUCUUGGAGAUGGUCGAGACUCAACCAGCUCAAGUCCAUGCAUCAAAUGUCAGUCUCAAGGCCGCAUUCUGUGCCCUGAUUGUUCAAAUCUUCCAUAACUUCCAUCUAUACUGGUGCAAUCAUCUAUUUAAGGUCGUUUCUUGUUCCUCUUGUAUCCAUGAUAUCCUCUGCAAUUGCUUCUGUAUCAUUGUAUUUAGGACGUGCUAAAUCAGCUUACAAGUGAGCUGAUGUAUUACAAGUUCAGUAAUUUUGUGAUUUACCUAAUUAUAUA